UUGUAUUUAUACUUUUCAAUAGUUUACUAUCAUAAAUUAAUGACUUUGUUAAUCUUAUUUACAAGGAAAACAAUAACAAACCUUUCAGUCCCAUUUAUUUCUUAAUUUCAGCAUCAUAUGCCGAAAACAUUUCAGUUGUGGGCCUGAUGGAGGGAUCACCAAAGAGAUUCCAAACAGUGUUUUUGAUUGACAUCGCUGCUUUCAGAAACUAUGAUUCGAACGACAAUUCCAGUAAAUUAUUGCAUUUGCACAAAAGCGUAGCCUUAAGCUCAUUUCGUAUUCUGCAUUAUUUUCAUUCAGAAUCUAGAUAUUAUAAUUGUGAUGAGUAUGGAAGGCAGACAGAUUGUGUGAAAUGGAGUUUCAAAUUAUUUGAUUCAUCAGUGUAUAAAGUUGGGCGUAAACUUUCAAAUUUUAGGGAAUUCAAGCUGCGGUACUUUGAAGAAUUUGAAAAAGAACUUGAAAAUUGUGUUUCAAAACUGCUGAAAUCAAAUUCCCCUCCUAAGUGUAGAGAAGCAAACAGAAAGACCAGAAAUCCGUGUGCAGCAGAUAAUUUGUCGAAGGCUCUGAAUGAAGUUCUUUAUGAUUUUCAAUGGGAAAUUCCAGAAUUUUUAUCACCUUUAAAAGGCCAAAAGCAAAGGCAGAUGUCAAAACUUUCUGCACAGUCAAACAAUUUUGUAUUUCUGUAUUCAUGUAUGCCACGUAAUAAUCUAGAUUUAAGAUUAUUUUGUGGAAAAAAAGUAAUAGAUGAAGAUGUUUUUAUGGAUUCAUUUAUGUCACAGUCUUUAUACAAGAUGUUUCACUUGACAUCCAAGUUAUCCUUAUACUGGAUUGAUACACACCUUAAGCCUCAAAGUUCUGUGUCUGCUGAAACAAAAGCUUCUGAAAUAAUUGAUAAUUCACUCCGAAAAAUUGGUGGUUCUGCCUUUUCAUUAAGACUUAUUUUGAAUCUACCACUGGUUGAUCCUUCUAGUAGUGAGAAAGAAACAUUUGGAUUCUCCUUUGAAAAGUUUGUGAAAAAGUUGUCCACAGCAUCAGUCUUCAACAUUAAAUUUGGUAUUCCCAAUAUUGAUACUUCUAACAAUAGCUAUGAAGGAUGCAUAAGUCUUUUAGAAGGUGACAAAUGUAUAUCUGUACCAGUACUACUAACAAACACAAGUUAUGACUUGAAUACUCAAAGUCCUUGUACCAGCAAUUCUGUUGGUGAAAUUGAGGAUAAUAACAUUUUGAUUACUUUGUGUAGUGAUAUUAAUAAUAUUAAAUCACAUAAUAUUAAAGAGAAGAUUUCUAUAUCUAUGGUUGGUGAUAAGAAUAUAGAUGAUAACAUGGAUGUAAAACCAGGUUUUUAUAAAGUAAUUGGUUCUGUAGAAAAGAAGGACCAUGAUUUGCACAAUAUUCAUAUUUGUAAGACUUUUAUUUGUAAUAGUGUGAAAGGUGAUGAUAAAAGUGUAUUACAGACACUACUACAAGACAUGUUGAAACAACAUAAAAUAUUGAUUCUGUUUACUGCAAGCAUUGUUCCUUAUGUUGCCACCUUAGAGCCUAUCAAUACAGCCAGUGGUGUGUUGACAUUAUAUAAAAUUGGCUCAUCAUUACAAAUUGAGAAAGCCAUCUUUCAACAAGAAGAGAGUAGAAGAGAAAUAAAUUGUCAUGGCAACAAUAAAGCAACAAAAGAAGAUAUAAAACUUGGAAAGAAUUUAUCAAAGUCAAAAAUAGAAGCUUUAGGACAUCAAUAUAACAAACAGUCAUAUCAAAUACAGAAACAUGCAACAGGGAUCACUAAACAUAAAAAGAGAGUGUUUAAUUCUCAGAUGUUAGAUAAAUGUCAUUUACCAGGAACAUCACCAGCCAUAGAAUCUUUAAUCGUUAAGUUGAAUCAGAGAUUACAUGAUUUGGAGUUUCUCAAUGCUACUGAAAAGAAAACACUGAAAAAUCUUCAAAAGUUUUACAGGAAGCAGAGUCGACCACCUAAAAUUUCAGAUCUUAAACCAAUGGGUGAAUUGAACAUUAUAGAUGAAAAUGCAAUUUCUGCCGAAGAUGUAAAAAUGUCAUCUACAGUCGUUGAGGGUGGAUACCCACUUAAACGUCAAUCGUCAACAUUAUCACGUACAGACAUUAUAAUCAAUCGUAGUAAAAAUGUACAAAAACGUCAAAGUACCGAAAUUGUGGGCAGUAGCCAAAAGGUUAAGGAUGAAUUCAGAAAUAAUUUAGACUUUUCAAACAUCAAUCUUGAGAAUGAUGAAGAUGUAAGUAAAUAUAUAAAAGAUGUUUAUGAGAAUUGUUUAGAGAAAGGAGAUCAGUUGGAAUCAUCUGUUCAUACUAUAGUUACAGUUGUUCUACAUUAUAUGAAAUCAAAUAAUCAUCAACAGCCAGAGGAAUCAGCCAAAAUUUUGAUUGGUAGGUCAGUGAUGCUAAACAAUUCAAAACUACGAGAAAAAUAUUUGGGUAAAAUCUCAGAACAAGAAAAUAAAGAAAAACUUACAGAAUAUCAACUACAGAUAUUAUUGAUACUUGAAUUAGAAUCAGUGACUAUGACUGAUGACAUUGAUCAUUUAGAUCAGUGUGCUGAUGAGAUUGUGAACAUGUUGAGAAGUAUAUCCUUUAUAUCAGAUCAGUCUAUAGUUCCUAAAUUUCUAAAUGAAGUGCUAGUAAAAAGUUAUUCUUCAACCGUGCCUAAAGUUUUAGUGACAAUAUUUGAUGAAUUAAUGCAGCCAUUACCUAUUGAACUAGAAGGAUUUGGUUCGCCUAACAGUAGUGGUACUGCUAUACUAGAUAAUUCUGGUAAUAGUCACAAUGAUAACAGUUUAUUUGAAGCACCUACAUCUAAUACAUCAAAUCAUUCAGAUAAACUUCUUACUCAACCCACACGCAGAAGUAGAAGAGUAGUACAGUAUCCAAGUAUGUCAGAUUUAGGUAACAAGAAACAAAUUAUGGUUAAAUUAGAUAUUAAAGCUGCAACCAAUAAGGUAAAGAAACCAAGAGCUAGUAGUAGGACCAGUCAAAAACCAACAAAACAUAAACAAAAGGAAAAUGAAGCUGUAAAUGUACGAAGAAAUUUAUUUGAUGGCGAAAGAACCAAGUUAGACAGAAGACAAUCUGUAGCGAUCAUGGAGACUGUUCGUAGAUCACCAAGGAAAAAAGUAGUCAGCUCAAUGGCAUUUAAAAGUCCUGGAGGUAAGAAAUCUCCUUCUAAUAUAAUGGUAGCUGAAACACCAUCACAUAAACAGAGAGCCAAUCCUACAUGGAGACAGCAAGAAAAACAAAGACGAAGAACUCAUUCGAAAGAUGGUAUACAGAUAAUAAACGAAUCACCUAUGAAGACUGCAGAAGUUAUUCCCGAAACUGAUGUCAAGCCAUCUCCAGGUAGAUUUAGGAAGAAACCAGCUGUAACCAGAAGAUCAUUUUAUUCAGCAAGCUCUACACGCUCUAGACCUCGUAAUCUCUCGGCAUAUUACAAUCUUGGUGAUAGAAUAGCUGGACGGCAUCGUGCAUUUUCUAGUACAGAAGAGAAUAUCAAUAAAUCUCUGAGUCAACUAGCGCAAUCCACAGUAUCAAACAAGUUUAUGUCUCCUACACGUAGAUCAAGAAGUUUCUUAAUGUCACAGUUGAUGAGUCCAUCACCUCACAAGUCUCCAUCACAAAAAGAUUUUCGAUCGCAGAGUAGCAGAAAAACUUCGAAAACACCUAAGAAAACACCCAAGAAAACACCAAGUCGAAUAUUGUUUGAAAGUCCAAGAACAAAAUCUGUGAGAAAAUCCAGUUUCCAGAGUCCUGCUGCUAAAAAAGAUUCAGCAAUAGAUGCUUGUUUUGUGUCGGAAACCCCGGAAAAGUUUACACCUCUCAAUUCUGAUUUUGAGGCAAUACUAAGGAAAACUCCUAAAAGAUUUUCUCCAACUACUAAAAUAAAAAAUUCAACAAAGAAAUAUGCCGAGAAUUUGAACAAAACCCCAACAAAAGUUACCAAUAAUAAAGUGUCAUCAAGUGCCAAUCAUGAAACACCACAGAAGAAUAAGACUCCGAAAUUUAAUAAAGAAAGAUCACCAAAGAUAAAGUUUACACCAGGUAAAUCUGCAAUUGCUACUGACAAUAUAAACAAUCCAAACAGAACACCAGAAGCAAAUAAUGUUAAAAAAUUUGAAGAAGUAGUGAAAAAGUCUCCUUUUCAAAACACAAGAUCUCAAGUUCCAAUCACUCCAACCAGAAGUUCUGUCUGUACAGCUUUAUUUACUAAAAGUCCUCCACGAUCUCAAUCAGCUACUAAGACAAAACAGACUGAUGAUAAUGUGUUUAAAACACCCAGAAAAACUCUCAAACUGAAAUCCCCACCUACAUCAGUAAGCAAGAAAAUGUUCUUUAGUCCUUUAAAAGACUGUGAAAGUGUCAGUAAUUUAAAGGUAAAAGACUGUGAUAGUGUCAGUAAUUUAAAGGUAAAAAACUGUGAUAGUGUUAAUAAUUUAAGGGUAAAGGACAAUAAUUUAAAGAUAAAAGGUAAAGGAGGGGAUAUAACACCAAAGAAGCCAACCUACAUAAUUCGUACACCAUCACCUAAAGAUGCUAUGCCAAGUACCAGAACACCAGACUUUGAUACUUGGCCAAGACGCAAACGAAGAAGAGAAUCUUCUGGUAAUAAAUUAAAUAACAAUAAUGAUGAGGUGACCUCCAAAACUACUAUGAAAGAUCAAACUAUUAAUACUAAUAUUACAUUUAAAAAUAACAAGAAGAGAGAUAUGAUCAUAUAUAAAGACGAAGCCAGUAUAGCCUCUCCACAUAAACGUCGUCGUACACAUCUUCAGGAUAAUUCUACACCAUCGUCAGAUAAUGACUUCUUAUCACAAUGUGGCAGCGAGACAAAAUCAACCGAAGAUAGUGAAAACAGAACUCCUCAUUCACCAGUUUUGGGUGCUUAUAGUCCGCUAAGAAUAAGCAAACUAACAUCAGAACAUUUGCGACCACCUAAUAGUGACCGUGAUAGAGCUGUGUCUUUUUCAACUCGCAACAUCUCACCAGUAUUACAAGGUAAAAGUUUAAGCUCUCCUCAACCUCCAACAAGUAAAACACAGUUACUUAUGGAUUCACCAAUGAAUAAAAAAUUCUCCCCGUCUAUAUCAUCUAAUAGUUUAGUGCAAUUGAUGAACUCGCCUUUAAUUCAUUCCGAGAAGAAAAAAACAAUAAAUGUGCUGAAAUCUCCAUCUGGAAAAUCACCUCAUUCUAAGUCGAGAAAGUCACUCCAAUUAGGUGAUUAAUAAACAUAAUUUACAGUAACAAACUCUAUAAUAAUAAUUAUUAUUCUUAUUUAUUUGUUGGUGUUUUGUUAUUUCAAUCAAGGUAUAUCAACAACAUAUUUAUAUAAGUAGUAAUUAUUUUGUAACACCACCGGAGUUCUGGCUUUUGGGAGGUAUUACUCAUUAGUUGUUGAAGUCUUAUGCACGACAUACGUAAUAAUCUAAACGUUUAAUUCAAUUGGAUUUUUCAAAAAAUAAAAAUCUGUUCUUAGGUUGAAAAUAACAAUAUUUACAAUUACAAUUGUUAGUUAUUUUGUGGGUUUUUUCUUUGAAUAUGUUUUAUUGAAUAAGAUUAUAUUGUGUAAAUAAUUAUAUUUUAUUAAAUAAAUUAAAACGAAACAAGAAUCACUUUCUUGUGGAUUUUGUUCAAACAAUGGAAAAUUACAUGUAUUAAAAUAAGCUAGGGAGAGGGGUUUAAUAUAGGCUAUGCCUGUUCCCCAAUCCCUAUUCAGAUACAAAUCUGAAUAAAAAAUUUAUUUACAAAAAAAAGAAAAAAAAAAAAUACAAGAUGGCUCAUAGCCAUUACUCCAUAGGUACUUCUACCAAAUAGCUUGAUAUCCAGAUUAUCAUGCAACAAACUGUAAGAUGAGUAUUGUGCAUGAGGCAUUGCAUGCUUUUUAGAAAACAUCUCUCAUUUUUUAACAAGUUCACAGAGGUAACACCAGUGUACAGCAACGUAAAUGAUUGUAAUCACUUAGUAGUCCUAGCAUUGUAGUUGAUAAAUGUAAUAACUUUAACACCUUAAGUUAUGUAAGAUGUAGUUUGUUCAAGUGAUAGAUUACUAGUCAUCAAUUUCCUCAUUAUAUGCCAGUUCUAACCCACUCCAUUGUUUAAACUUAAUACUGCAUUAAAUAAUUCAAGCCACACCACAUUCUUUUUUAUUAUACUGUCUUUACAUAACAAUAAUCUGUUGGCAUAAUAUAAACCUGUAAUAAUAAAUAUGCCAGGUCAUAUAGAUUAGAUUUAAUACUUGUAUUAGUAAUACUAAUAUAGGAGCAGGCAAUAAUCCUAGUUACCAGUUCUGUUAUUCUCUACCUUUUCUCUUUUACUUACAUGAAGGAUUGACUGCAACUAAGAC